AUGCUCCCGGUUACGCAGCCCAAGGAGGACUCCGGCGGCGGCAUGGUGACUGCAGAACCCAAGGCCAAGAGCGGUAACCCUUUCUCCAUUUCGAGCAUCCUCAGUAGGAGUGAGCCCAAGCGCUGUGCGUCGCCCCUGCUGUGUAGCUGGGAACCCCCGUUAGCGGGCAUCCUACGCAGACCUACGCCCUGGUACCCAGCCGCUUGGCUGCCUUCCACAGCGCCAGUGUCCCCAGGCCCCUGCAGUGGGAGACCCGAACCGGCCUCGAGCGCCGACAGUUGUUGCCGAGCCUCUCCUAGCCCAGGCCCCGGUGCAAGUUCUCCUGCUGGCGGCCGGCCCGCAGAAUCCGACGACGAAGGUGGCAACCGGAAGAAAGGCGGCGGCGGUCGGCGCAAGAAGAAGACGCGCACGGUGUUUACGCGAAGUCAGGUGUUCCAGCUGGAGUCCACGUUCGACGUGAAGCGGUACUUGUCCAGCUCGGAGCGUGCGGGGCUGGCUGCCUCGCUGCGGCUCACAGAGACCCAGGUGAAGAUCUGGUUCCAGAACCGGCGGAACAAAUGGAAGCGCCAACUGGCCGCCGAGUUAGAGGCUGCCAACCUAGCGCACCAGCGACUGGUCCGCGUUCCACUGCUGUACCCGGCCGGCGAGCCCUCUUCGGGCUCCGAUCAAGCGACGGGCUCAUUGGCCUUCUACUGUCCCGGCGCGGGUCCUCGUGCCCCUUUACUCGUCUAGAGCGGUCGGCCCAUCGAUCGGGCCAUCUGGCGGGGGCCACUUUUAAUUAGGGGCACCCGUUAAUGAGCGGGCCCGAUCGGCGGUGCUAAUGGGUGCCCGGGGGACGCCCAGUAAACAAGGGCCAAAUUGAUAAAAAUGGGGCCUCCAUUAGACGCGUUUAAUGGAGGACUAAAAGCCCCCCGCGGCACCCCCUCGGGGCCCCCACCAGAAAUUACUCUGGGAUUUGGCAGUCCCCGGCUACCAGGCCCAAUUACCGUAAUCUCUCCCCCAUUAUUUAUUCCCGAUCGCGGGGCCGGUCCCCGGGGGCCCGGAUUACGCCCCUCGGCGGAUUAACGCCGUAACCUGAGAUGCGCCAUUUGCGUAAUGGG